AUGGUCAAAGAAUACUUUCUCGCCCCGAACUACACAACUGCAGCGGAAGGUCCGAUCAAGCUCGGUUCUAUCCUACGCAACAUUACUGAAUUCGAGCCUCUCAACCAAGUCGUUGAGACGAUUCCCGCGACGCAGCUUUAUCCCAUCGAUGUCAAAGAACAAUUUGAGAUCUCCCUACACGAACUUCAUUCGGUCAAUCUCAACCUCAAGGCCAGAGCCUUAGGGCUCCUUGGCUUAGGCACAGGAGCAUCCAUCGAACGUAUCAGAGGCAACAACGAUGUAAUAUCAUGCCACCGUCUCGAAACACUCUCUUUCAACCCGACCGAUUCAUACAUUGAAGCCAGCAUGGAAGAUUCGAAUGUCAACCGUUUCAUGAGAUCAAGCAGGUUCAGGAAACCGAUUUACAUGGUGACAGGGUUGAAGAUUGCCCGUGCUGCUUUUAGAACAUCAAGCACCAACAGUCUCGUCGCCGUGGAGCACGAUACUAGUCUUCUUCCUCCUGGGGCCCCCGUCGCAGUGGGCGGGACGGUCCGUUGUUCGAUAAGCGAUGAUCAAAGGGAGAAAUGGGACCGCUCAACGGACUUCAUCCUCGCGUUCAAGGUGAAGAAAAUAUGGCUGGACAGGAAGAACAAGGUCAAGCAGGAGGGGUACAGAAAAAUGGCUGUUAUGCAGGGUGAGACAUCCUCCGUCGGUGAAAGUCCCUUCGCUGUUCGAUCCGAUGACGACCUUACUCCCGAAGAAGUUGAAGAGAUGUUUAGCCAAGCGGAGGAUUAG